UGAAGUUACGUGAGGUCGCCGUCUGUAAAUAAUGUAGCUUUCUCAGAGCUGCAACGUAACACUGUAUGAGUUGACUACAUAUAUUUCUCUAAAUGUCGUUGUUAUUUUGUAAAAAGUGGCGGUCCCCUGCCGUUGCUGUCGGGCUGUCAGUUUGGCUCAUUUUAGCCUGAUACGUACCCAGCCGGUUGGGUUGUUAGCUGCUUAGCUAGCUCACCAAUUAGAUAACCAGAGGUGACCAAGGCAGCGUUGCAGUUUCUUUUCACGCCGGGUGGAUAUGUAACAUGACAAGUCACCUAUAACCUCCGAAGUAACGCCGAAUAAAAGACUCCAGUCUAGCUUGCUGUGAUGUUGCCCCUCCUGCCUAGCAUGCAGGCAUGAGCUCUGUCCUGUGGAGCCAGGAGAAGCCCAGCGGGGGCUUCAGGGAGGACUGGCGCUUCUACAUGGUGGUGAAGGACUGCACGGCGGAGAAGCCUCACCAGAAGAUCGUGAGAAUCCCGCGCGGCAGCCUGGGCCAGGCGUGCCAAGAGCGCAACAGCCUGGGCCGCACGCUGCCGCCAUGCAAGGGCAAGAAGAGCCUGCGGAUUCUGGACCAGACCAACGUAGUGCAGAGCCUGGAUGAGCGGGACGUCCUGGAAAUAGACGAGAAGCUGGCCGAGCUGCUCUUCCCCAUCACCAACUGCGAGGAGCGGUACGCGCUGCUGUGCAACAAGUCCCGGCUGGAGCGCGUUCGCGACAUCGACUGCGGCUCCAAGGUGCGCGUCCAGCUGCGGUCCGGAGAUGAGCCGUUGCCCGGGGUGGUCCGCUUCAAGGGCUCGCUGCUCCCUGACAGGGCCCUCUGUGGAAUCCUCUUUGGAGUGGAGUUGCUGGAGGAGGGUCGAGGCCAGGGCUUCACGGAGGGCUCCUUCCAGGGACGCCAGCUUUUCCGCUGCGAGGACGAGUGCGGCGUGUUUGUAGCACUGGACAAGCUAGAACUGUGGGAGGACGACGACGACGACGACCUGGGCGAGCUGGAGGUGGACCACGUCAAUCUGGUCGAAGAGGACCAGGACUACCCUCCGCUGGAGAUCAACUCCCGGGUCCUGGUGCAGACCAGAGAGGGACCCGAGAGGGGCACCAUCAUUUUUUGCGACCUGCUGCCGGGUAACGAGAGCCUGGGCUACUAUGUGGGUGUUGACAUGGACAAUCCUAUCGGCGAGUGGGACGGAAUGUUUGAUGGGAAGCUGCUGUGUAACUUUGCCAGUUUGGAGCACACUCGACUUGUCCCCAUCUGUGACGUAAUGCCAGAAUAUUCCAUGCAGGACCAAAGGCUGCAAAAGCACAGUUUUGCUCCCAGAAGCAACAGCAACGACAAGUCGUCCUCUGGCCAAAGCAAACCAAAGAGCAAAGGGUUAGCUCAUCAGUGCAGCAGUAGAAGCAAGUCUGAGUUUUACUAUACUUUAAAUGGCAGCUCUAUUGACCCCCCAGUCCAGUCCAAAUCCAAAAGCACAUGGUACAUUGACGAAGUUGGGGAGGACCCAGCCAAGUCGCUUACUGAAACCCCCCCUGACUUCAACCAGUCCUCCCCGCCCUCGAGGGCCCCGCCGGCCGCCUCGCUGUCCAGCGACAACAAGUUCCACUCCCUGCCCUUCAGCCUGAACCGCAAGAGCGGGCCCAUUGACAACAUGAGUCAGGGGCCUCUCUCCCUGUCCGUGCAGUCGGUGAUGGGAGAGCAGGCCGAGCCCCCGUCCCCCGUCGCCCCUUCCUCACCGCGCCCCUCGACGCCGCCUCGAGGGCAGCCGGGUCUGGAGGUAGGCUCUCUGGUGGAGGUGAAGGAGAACCCCCCUUUGUGCGGCGUCAUCCGCUGGGUGGGCCUGCCUCCUGGCCUGUUGGAGCCUUUGGCCGGGCUGGAGCUGGAUGAGGAAUGCCAAGGUUGCACUGAUGGCACCUUCAAAGGUACGCGCUACUUUAACUGCCCGCCGAAAAAAGCCCUGUUUGUGAAGCUCAAGUGCUGCCGGCCCGACUCCCGCUUCCCCUCGCUGCACCACUCCUCCAACCCCAUUGAGCGAUGCAACUCCAUCGCUUUUGGGGGCUACUUGAGCGAGAUAGUACACGAGAACACGCCGCCCCGCACAGAGAGUGACGGUUUGGACGUCAUGGUGGGGAAAAAGAAAGGCAUCCAGGGCCACUACAACUCCUGCUACCUGGAUUCAACCCUCUUCUGUCUCUUCUCCUUCAGCUCCGUACUGGACACGGUUCUGCUGAGACCACGCUCCAAGACAGACGUCGAGUACUACAGAGAGACCCAAGAACUGUUACGCACUGAGAUAGUCAAUCCCUUGCGCAUACAUGGGUAUGUGUGCGCCACCAAAGUGAUGAAACUGAGGAGGAUCCUGGAGAAGGUGGAAGCUGCGUCCGGGUUCACCUCUGAAGAAAAAGAUCCCGAGGAGUUCCUCAACAUACUUUUCCACCAUAUCCUGAGAGUGGACCCUUUACUCAAACUGAGGUCGGCAGGGCAAAAGGUGCAGGACUGUUACUUUUACCAGAUCUUCAUGGACAAGAAAGACAAGGUCGGCGUUCCCACCAUUCAGCAGCUCCUGGAGUGGUCUUUCAUCAACAGUGACCUCAAGUUUGCCGAGGCUCCCUCCUGCCUUAUCAUCCAGAUGCCGCGCUUUGGCAAGGACUUCAAAAUGUUCAACAAGAUUUUCCCCUCACUGGAGUUAGACAUCACAGAUCUCCUAGAAGACACUCCCAGGGAAUGCAGAAUCUGUGGAGGCCUGGCUCUGUACGAGUGCCGAGACUGCUACGAGGACGGAGACAUCACCGCCGGCAAGAUUAAACAGUUCUGUGAAAAGUGCAAUACGCAGGUCCACCUCCACCCGAGACGAAAAAGCCAUCGGCACGGCAAGCUCUGCGUCCCCAAGGAGCUGCAGGAGGGUGCGGGGCGCCAGGGCACGUUCCCCCGCCAGACGAUGGAGCUGUUCGCUGUGCUGUGCAUCGAAACCAGUCACUACGUGGCCUUCGUCAAGUACGGCAGCGCCGACUCCGCCUGGCUCUUCUUUGACAGCAUGGCUGACCGUGAUGGAGGCCAGAACGGCUUCAACAUUCCGCAGGUGUCUCCGUGUCCCGAGGUGGAGGCCUACCUGAAGAUGACGCCCGAGGAGCUGCACACGCUCGAUCCCAAGAGCAUCCAAGGCCAAGCCCGACGGCUGCUGUGCGACGCCUACAUGUGCAUGUACCAGAGCCCCACCAUGAGCCUGUACAAGUAGCCACCCCCACCCACCCCACA